UUGCAACUAGACUGGUUAUUCGUUCCUGCUCGUUGCCGAACAGUCGUUCCACGCUGGCAACGUAAAGCGGAAGUUACGCUACGCAAAAGUAGUGCGAAAAUCAAUCGUAGCGCAGAAAAAUGCGCUAAAGUGAUUUACUUGGUAAUUAUCCAAGGUCUACCAGGAUAGAAAGAGCAGUGAUACAUAUUUGCAUAUCUAUCGUCGGGAUAAUAUUUGCGCAACAAUGGGUGGUCCGCUGUCUGAGGUAAGUAACGAUGAUAUGGAGGAGUUGUCAUUGUAUGAUCCUGCCCUUCUGCUGAGCCUAGACUUCUUUCGUUCACCGGCCAAAUUCAAUCCUCGCAUUUCCGCCGCGGUACCGGGUGAGACUUGGUUAAAAGUUAGACCUCUCCAGUCGGGCGACUUUCACCGUGGAUUCUUACAAAUUUUAUCUCAGCUAACGAAAGUUGGUGAUGUUUCGCUGACACAAUUCCUCAAUCGUUUUGCCCAAAUGCGUGCAAGUGGUGACUACUAUGUAACUGUGAUUGUCGAUACGCGUUACGAUAAAAUCAUUGGCAGUGCUACUUUGGUAUUGGAACGCAAAUUUAUUCAUGGUUGUGCAACCAGAGGCAGACUCGAAGAUGUGGUCGUCGACGAUACAUAUCGUGGAAAGCAGCUCGGCAAAUUAAUUGUUGUCACCGUAAAUCUGCUAGCGGAGCAUUUGGGUUGUUACAAAAUGUCGCUGGAUUGCAAGGAUAAGCUGAUUUCUUUCUACAAAUCGAUUGGCUAUACCCUUGAACCGGGUAAUGCUAAUACGAUGAACAUUCGAUACGAGUCUGCAAACGAUAAAAACAUUAACUGCAACGUUACAGGCAGCAAACCGGAAAAUACUGAGCCUUCAUGACAAUUAGCCACCAGUGCUGCUACUCUUAGUAAAUCCAAGCUCUAGACUGCAGGUCGAAUCAGAGGGUAUGAUGCUAUUCGCUGAACAUAGUUACGCGGCUUCCUCAAUGCCCUUCUCCAUGAUCGACCAUCUGCCUAGCUUAUGCCACGCAAAAUCACAUUGGCUUUCGUUUUGCAAUUGGAUUUACUUUUUUGUCGGAGAUUCUUAUGUUCUGUAAGCUGUUGCAUAUUGCUAUAGCAAUAACUGUUUCAGACACAUAUAUCCCCGUGGCAGCAUCUGGUACAUAAGAUGUUUUUCAUUGCACUGUUUUAAAAUUCUUAGUAUUAAUCAUUUAUCUAUCUUUUUAUAUAUUUUGCAUUUGGUGGUUGUGCUUGUGUUCAAAUAAUGGGAAAUA